AUGCUUAAUUUAAAUACUAAUCUUGGAACUAGAUUAACUUCUGUAUUUUCUACUUUCAAUAUGGACCAAUAUAUACAAGAACCUACCCGCAUUGCAUUACAUUCUAUGUCGCUCUUAGAUUUAAUAUUUACCAACGUAAAAAACUUGUCUGAUGUAGGGGUUGUCGACAAUAACAUCGCUGAUCACUUUUUGACAUACAUAAAAUUCAGUCUAGACUUGCCAGAUAAUGAACCUGAGUUUAAGAGGGAUCUACUAGAUUUACUGUUAAAUAACUUACUUUAUUUUUGUGACAUUGAAGAAAAGCUAAACCUCUUAAAUACUUGCAUAUUGGAACUAUUUAAUAAGGACGCGCCGUUAAAACGCUUUAGGAAGAAUAAAAACUAUAACUAUGCGCCUUGGAUAACAGAAAACAUAAAACUGCUACAAAAGCUGAGAAAUAAAGCGCUAAAAAAAUUUAAACUGACUAAACUUACAGCACAUUACGAGCAUUACAAACAAUUACGUAAUUAUACAAAUUCGGCCAUUAGAUCAGAGAAAAAAGCUUAUUUAAGAACUAAGUUUUGUCAUGGUAAUGCCAAAGAGAAAUGGAACGAACUAAGGAAACUUAAUGUAAAAUGUAACAGGGGUACUUUGCCAAGUCACUUAGAUAAUGUCGAUCAAAUUAAUAUUUUUUUUAUAAACAGUGUAGAAAAUAAUAAGAGCCCCAAUCAAGAACUGCUGAAUUUUUAUUAUAAUAAUAGGUUAAAUGACAGAACGGAUCACUUUGACUUUGUAUUGUCCACGGAAGAUGAGAUUCUCAACAUUCUGAAAAAUAUAAAAUCUAAAGCUGCGGGCCAUGAUGAUAUAAAUACAUCAUUAAUACUUCUUUGCUGUCCAUAUAUUGCCCCAUAUAUUACGCAUAUAAUAAAUGAGUGUAUCUUAAAUUCGUACUUUCCGUCAACAUGGAAGCGAAUUUAG